AUAGGAGAAACAGAUUUCAGUCAGUCGUGAACUGGUGUUACAUACAUUUAGCGCUCAUUUCUGUGACUGUGGCUAUAAUGGAAGUGUUUCUUCAGCAGAUUUCUAGCACAGGUGUAAUACUUGCUGCUGUGUUGUUGUUUUUGCUUAUGUAUUUGUUCUCCAUCAGCUCCAGCUCUCAGAAUGAAGAAAAAGAGCCUCCAGGUCCUAAACCAUUACCACUGCUGGGAAACCUGCUCAUGCUGGACCUGAAGCGAACAUACGUGAGUCUUAACAAGCUGUCAAAACAAUAUGGGUCGGUUUUCACUGUGUACUUUGGCCCCAAAAAAGUCAUAGUAUUGGCAGGAUACAAGGCUGUCAAACAGGCACUCGUUAACCUUUCAGAGGAGUUUGGAGACAGAGAUAUCACCCCUAUAUUUCAUGAUUUUAAUCAGGGAAUGGGGAUUGCAUUUUCCAAUGGUGACAACUGGAAAGAAAUGAGACGUUUUGCUCUCUCAAACCUACGAGACUUUGGAAUGGGAAAGAGAAAAAUUGAGGAGAAAAUCAUUGAGGAAUCCCAGUUUUUAAAAGAAAAAUUUGAAAAGUUAAAAGAAAAAGCGUUUGAUUCAUCACAGCCCGUGAGUUUCGCUGUAUCAAAUAUCAUCUCAUCCAUUGUCUACGGCAACAGAUUCGAUUACAGCGACUUUCGCUUACAUGAAAUGGUGAAUAGAGCUUAUGAAAACAUGAAAAUAACAGGUUCAGCUUCAAUUCAGCUUUAUAACUUGUACCCUUGGCUUCGACCUUUUGUGAAGAAUCAGCAGCGUAUUGUAAACAACCUCCAGGAGAACUACAAAGAAAGUGACAAAAUAUUACAAGACCUCAAGAAGACUUUAAACCCUCAGGAACCCAGAGGAUUUGCUGAGUCUUUCCUUAUACGGCAACAACAGGACAAGGACUCUGGAGAAACUGGUAGUUUUUUCCAUAUGAAGAAUCUGUUUUAUACAAUAAACAACCUGUUUGCUGCUGGUACCGACACUACGGCUACAACACUACGCUGGAGUCUUCUGCUAAUAACUAAAUAUCCUGAAAUACAAGCAAAGGUACAUGAGGAGAUUGACAGAGUGAUUGGUGGACGUCAGCCUGUGGUGGACGACAGGAAGAAUUUGCAUUACACAGAUGCUGUGAUCCAUGAAGUACAGAGAUUUGCAAGCAUAGCUCCCAUAUGUGUCCCCCGCAAGACCACCUGUGACAUUCAUCUCAAUGGAUACUUCAUCAAGAAGGGCACAAGUGUGUUCCCACUUUUGAUAUCUGUGUUGAAAGAUGAAAGCGAGUGGGAGACGCCCCACACCUUCAAUCCAGGACACUUUCUGAAUGAGGAGGGACACUUUAUCAAACGAGAUGCUUUCUUUCCCUUCUCUGCAGGCCGCAGAGUUUGUCUAGGGGAGGGUUUGGCCCGGAUGGAGCUCUUUCUCUUCUUCACUUCUCUCCUUCAGUAUUUUCGUUUCACUCCUCCUCCUGGAGUCUCUGAAGAUGAAUUGGAUCUCACACCAGUUGUGGGCUUCACACUGAAUCCAUCACCACACAAACUGUGCGCAGUCAAACGGUUUAUCUCUUUUACUAUGGCUUUAGUGGAAACACUUCUCCUGAAUAUCUCCAGCACAGGAGCUUUACUCGCUGCUCUUCUGUUGCUUUUGGUUAUUUAUUUCUGCUUCAGGUCUCCAGAAGAUGACCAAGAACCUCCAGGACCCAAACCACUGCCACUUGUGGGAAACCUGCACAUUCUGGACCUUAAACAACUUCACGUGAGCCUCUUGAAUUUAUCCAAGAAAUAUGGGUCAGUGUUCAAAGUUCAUCUUGGACCCAAAAAGAUUGUGGUUUUGGCCGGAUACAAGACGGUUAAACAAGCACUGGUGAACCAGGCUGACGAAUUUGGGGAAAGGGACAUCACACCCAUAGUCCAAGACAUCAAUAAAGAACACGGUAUCCUUUUUACGAAUGGUGACAAGUGGAAAACCAUGAGAAGAUUUGCUGUCUCAACUCUUCGAGAAUUUGGGAUGGGAAAGAAACUGAGCGAAGAGAAAAUUAUUCAGGAGACACGAUAUCUGCGGGAAGUGUUUGAGAACUUCCAAGGAAAUCCUUUUGAUACAACCCAGCCAGUAAAUUAUGCCGUUUCCAACAUCAUCUCAGCUAUUGUUUAUGGAAAUCGGUUUGAAUAUGAUGACCCAAAGUUUAAAGAAAUGGUUAACAGAGCAAACCAGAUCAUCUUCUUGACCGGCUCUGCUUCCAUACAGAUCUACAACAUAAUUCCAGUGCUUGGGCCGUGGUUAAAGACCUGGAGACGGCUUAUGGAAUAUAUCCAGAGCAACCUGGCUGAAAUGCAGGUGCUGGUGGAUCACUUACGGGAGACCUUUAACCCGCACGACUGCAGAGGAUUAGUUGAUGCCUUCCUCAUCCAAAAACAAAGCUUAGAGGAAUCUGGAGAAAAUGAUUCCCAAUUUAAUGAUCUGAACCUGCUCAUGACUGUAUCCAACCUGUUUGCUGCCGGUACUGACACCACCGGCACAACGCUACGCUGGGGUUUACUGCUCAUGGCCAAAUAUCCACACAUACAAGAUCGGGUUCAUGAGGAAAUUGACAGGGUGCUUGAUGGACGUGAACCGGUUACCGAGGACAGGAAGAAUUUACCUUACACAGACGCUGUGAUCCAUGAAAUCCAGAGACUGGUGAAUAUAGCGCCAUUGAGUCUGCCACAUAAAACCAGCUGUGAUGUGAACUUCAAUGGAUAUCUCAUCAAGAAGGGGACGUGUGUUCUGCCACUGCUGUAUUCUGUUUUGAGAGAUGAUAGCGAGUGGGAGACGCCCCACAAUUUCAACCCUGAACACUUCCUCAAUGAGAACGGUCAGCUGAUCAGACGUGACGCCUUCAUGCCCUUCUCUGCAGGACGCAGGAUUUGUUUAGGAGAGAGUUUGGCCAGGAUGGAGCUCUUUCUGUUCUUCACUUCUCUUCUUCAGUGUUUUCACUUCACUCCUCCACCUGGAGUCUCUGAAGAUGAAUUGGAUCUCACACCAGUUGUGGGUCUCAUAUUGAACCCCUCACCACACAAACUGUGUGCAGUCAGUAGGGCAGAAAAACACAACCUCAAGUUAUAAAUAAAAUUGCAGAAUAACUACUUCAGUAUAUACCUAAUGAUCGUAAAACAUAGACUCUUACAGUGGAUCCAGUGACUUCUUUUUCGAGGACACAAGUCUCUUUUCUCAUAAAUCAUUUCGUCACGUGUGCAGCAGGCUCGUAUUUUUACAUGACACAUGAUGCACAUAAGUUUAGAUGAGGCAUGAUCGAACACAUAUUUUAAAAUCACACCCUUUGGAAGAGAAGUCACCACUGCCACUGGACACUUGUAUCACAUUAUAAGACUCUAAGACUAUUAUAUUAUCUCAUUCUCAUUAGCUUUUACAUUAUACAUGUACAUUCUGUGCCUAAACAUAUUCAAUUGUAUUUCAAGAUGGUGUAAAAAUGUAUAUGCUGUAUAAAGAUACUUACAGGGCAUUUAAGCUAUACAUUUAUCAGUAUUUGUGUUCACUGGGGAUCAAACCCAUGAACCUUCUUGCUGCUAACCCAAUGAUCUACCAGUUGAGCACAGGAACAUGAUAUUUCUUUAAUGAUUAAAUAAAAUACUCUUCUAGAGGAAAAUCGAAUCAGCAUCAUUUGUAUUUUGAUAAGAAAACUGAAAAUUAGUCAAACCCUUAUGAAAAU